AUGAGCGUUGAAGUAGAUUUGAUUUGUCAUGUAUUGCCAGUAGUAGUUGAUGGCUUACCUAAUUGUCCAAAACCAGCAAGCGGAUGGGACAUACCAGAAGACCUGAUACCGGAGCUGGCUGAUCCCUUCUUUGACGUUUCGGGAAAGGUUGACCUACUCAUCGGCGGUGGAACGUUCUUCGAUCUAUUCGAGCCAAAAAGAGUUCGGUUGCCAGCUAGAGGUGUCUGCUUGCAGGAUUCAAAGUUUGGUUGGGUAGUAACAGGAGAAAUUGGCACUACCUCGCUUUUAGCUACAUGCUCUAUUGGACAAGCAUGUGAGGACAAAUUUAGAAUUCUAUGUAAGGAUGAGCUUGAGACAUACGGAGCAUCAUCCAAGUCCAAUAAGAAAUGCAUUGAAGAGCAGAGAGCUCUAAAGCAUUUUGAGGAAACCGCGAAUCGAGACGAGACGGGCCGGUUUGUGCUGCGACUUCCAUUGAAACCUGAAAAAUGUAAACUUGGAAGCACACUAGAGAUGGCCACCACUAGAUUCCUGAGUGUUGAGCGAAGGCUUCAGAAGGAUGAAGAACUGAAGAUGCAAUAUAUAAAUUUCAUGGAGGAAUAUUUGAAAAUGGGCCACAUGAAAAAGGUGUGUCAAGAUUUAAAUCCACCUGAAUAUGUUUUCUAUCUUCCCCACCAUCCAAUAAUUAAAUUGUCAAGCCUCACAACGAAGCUGCGAGUCGUUUUUGACGCAUCGGCUAAGAGCUCUUCGAAUAUAUCGCUGAAUGAUGUCCUUAUGUGUGGACCGACAGUCCAAGAGGACCUGUUUUCAAUUUUGGUAAGAUUUCGCAGAUAUCAGUUUGUUAUAACAGCAGAUAUAGAAAAAAUGUUUAGGCAAAUAAAUGUAGCUUCGGAGGAUCAAGAUUUUCAGAGAAUAGUUUGGCGGUCGCAACCAGAUGAAGCGCUACAAAUCUAUCGCCUCACCACUGUGACCUACGGGACGACAGCAGCAUCAUUCAUGGCCACCAAUUGUUUAAUAUCGUUAGCGGUAGGUGCAAGGGAAAGUCAUCCAAGGGUUUCAAGAAUCAUACAACGCGACUUCUAUAUGGACGACUUAAUGACCGGCGCCGAUACAACUGAAGAGUGUUGUCAGCUGCAGCAACAAAUUAAUAUGAUCCUUGAUUCAGCGAAAUUGCCUCUGCGAAAAUGGUGCUCGAAUUCGCGUAGUGUCCUGAAGCAUAUUGGAAAUUCAAACACUGAUCCACUAUUUGCAUUACAAAUUAAUGCAGACGAUGUAGUUAAGUCUUUAGGAUUAAGUUGGAAGCCAGAACUGGACGAAUUUCAUUUCACGGUCGAAAACAACACCAUAAGAAUUAAAGCAACAAAAAGGAUGUUACUAUCCGAUCUCAACAAGAUAUUCGAUCCACUCGGUUUCUUAGCUCCAGUGUUAGUGCGAGGGAAGAUAUUUUUACAACAAUUGUGGCAAUUAAAAAUCGAUUGGGACAAACCUCUAGAUGCAGAUCUAACAAGAAGAUGGGACUGUUUCUACAAGGGCCUUGACGAGCUGAGCCGUAUUCCUAUUCCAAGAAAAUGUAUACCAAGUCUUAGUAAUGAGGUGCAAUUGCAUGGAUUUUGCGACGCUUCCGAAGAGGCUUUCGGAGCGGCAAUCUAUGUGCGAAGUAAGAAUCAAAUAGGAAAUUGGACAGCUAGAUUAUUAUGUUCAAAAACACGGGUCGCUCCGUUAAAGGGAUCUACGAUACCACGACUAGAGCUAUGUGGAGCGCUCACCCUUGCCCAAUUGGCCAAAAAGACAGCUGAAGCAUGGGAGUUAGAAAGCAGCAGUAUUUACUUAUGGACAGAUUCGAUGGUCGUCAUCGGAUGGCUCAACAGUGAGACAUGUAGGCUAAAAACAUACGUAGCAAACCGGGUUGAUCAAAUUCUCGAGAUCACAAACCCUAACCAGUGGAGGCACGUCAAAACUGACGAGAACCCGGCAGAUGCUCUAUCAAGAGGGUUGACUCCGAAGCAAUUGCAAUAUUGUGAACAGUGGUGGCAAGGUCCAAGUUGGUUGUCCGAGGAUUCAAGCGAUUGGUUAAGAGCGCCCAUUUUAUUGACAAAUGAAGAGUCGCUGCCCGAAAAAAAAAAAAAACCUAUUCGUCUAGCAUUGAUCGCAGUGGAGCCCACGAGAGACCUACUGAAUUAUUUCUCAGUCUGGCAUAAGUUAGUUCGAGCAGCUGCCUGGUUAUUAAAGUUCAUUGAGUUCAGAAGAUCGAAAAACACCGGUGCAUUAUCAAAUUAUCUUGAUGUAGCAGAUUUAAGAAGGGCUGAAAACGGACUAGUUAAGCGAGCACAGCUGGACAAGUUCAGAGAAGAGCUUCAUGCAUUGAAAGCAGGAAAGGAAGUCUCACGCAGCAGCAAACUGAAGUCUUUGUACCCGCUACUUCGAGACGACAAUUUGAUCUUAGUGGGAGGCAGACUAAACCACGCAAAAUUGACUGAAGAACAAAGGCACCCAAUGAUUUUGCCAUCAGAUCACAAGGUAACUAGAUUAAUUUUUGAAGAUACGCACAAAAGGCUUCUACACUGUGGUCCACAACAACUAUUAGCAAGUGUAAGGCAGCGGUACUGGCCUUUGAGAGGAAGAGUCAUGGCCCGCUCCGUAACAACCAGAUGUGUCACAUGCAUCCGUGCAAGACCAACAUUCUCGCCCCCUCUUAUGGCAGCACUACCGAAGGCACGAGUACAACCUUCCAGACCAUUCACUGUGAGUGGGGUUGAUUUUGCAGGUCCACUAGUUGUUCGCAGUGGAGUUCGGCGUAUCACUGGCGUAAAGACAUGGGUGGCGGUUUUUAUAUGCUUUUCCACCAGAGCAAUACAUUUGGAACCUGUAGUGGGUUUAACAAGUGGAGCCUUUAUAGCAGCACUACGUCGCUUUAUGUCACGGCGCGGAAAGUGUUCAACAAUCUACAGUGACAACGGAACAAACUUUGUCGGGGCCCAAAAAGAAUUAAAUUCAUAUAUUCAGAAUUGUGACUCACAGUUGGCUCGUGAGGGGAUCGAGUGGAAGUUCAACCCGCCGUCAGCUCCGCAUUUUGGAGGUCUCUGGGAGAGCGCUGUUAAGAGCACCAAAUACCAUUUGAAUCGUAUAUUAAAGGACAGCCGUCUUAACUUGGAAGAGCUAAACACGUUAUUAUGUCAAAUAGAAAGCUGCGUAAAUUCAAGGCCAAUAACUCCACUAAAUAGCGAUCCUUCAGAGCCAGGAGCUCUGACUCCAGGGCAUUUCUUAGUAGGAGGGCCAUUACUAUUGCUUCCAGAGCCGAACACAGAUAGUGGCCCGAUAGAACAUUUACGCCGCUGGAAGUAUGUGCAAGCAUUGAUGAAAGACUUCUGGAAUCGCUGGUAUAAAGAAUAUUUACCACAACUUCAGGUACGAGGAAGAUGGGUAGCAAGAAAGGCAACUUUGCGAGUAGGAGAUGUAGUUAUAAUUAAGGAGGACUGCACUCCGCCCAGCAGAUGGAAGCUAGGCAUUAUAACAACUGUGCACCCAGGGAAGGACGAGGUGGUACGUGUAGUAACAGUUCGCACAUCGAACGGCACUGAAUUAAAAAGGCCUGUCGUUAAAUUAUGUAGGUUACCUGUGCUAGAAGAUACACCAGUUGUUGAAAAAGAUGGUUUUCAACGGGGGGAGGAUGUCGCCGCCACGACGGUAGAUAAGCUGUAG